AUGGAUGAAACAAAGAGAAUGGAAGAAGGCCUCAAUUCACCAUUUAAUGAAGAUGGUAAUAAGAAUGACUUGAAGAAGCAGGUGACCAUUAAACGCAGUAACGGAGAUUCCAUUGUUGAGCAUGAGAAAGACACAAUGGCUAAGCCUGUGGCUUUGGAUGAGUCUGUGGAACAACCACUAGUUAAGAAGAAGACCAAGAGGGUUGCAACCCUGGAUGCAUUUAGGGGUCUCACCAUAGUGUUGAUGAUACUGGUAGAUGAUGCUGGUGAAGCUUAUCCACGUAUUGAUCAUUCCCCGUGGAAUGGAUGUACUUUGGCCGAUUUCGUCAUGCCUUUCUUUCUUUUCAUUGUUGGGGUUGCUAUAGCCCUUGCACUAAAGAGAAUCCCCAAGAAAAGGGAUGCUGUAAAGAAGAUAAUCCUUAGAACAUUGAAGCUUCUCUUCUGGGGUAUAAUUUUGCAAGGUGGUUAUUCUCAUGCUCCUAAUGAUCUCGAUUAUGGAGUUAACAUGAAAUUUAUCCGCUGGUUUGGCAUUCUCCAGAGAAUAGCACUUGUAUACUGUGUUGUAGCACUAACAGAGACAUUUACCACCAAGCUCAGACCCACAACAUUGGGUUCUGGACACCUAUCAAUUUUUACUGCUUAUAAAUGGCAAUGGCUAGGAGGGUUCGUGGCAUUUCUUAUUUAUAUGAUCACAACCUUUACUCUCUAUGUUCCUGACUGGAGUUUCGUGGAUCGUGUUAACGGUGAUGAACCAAAGAGAUACACGGUCAUUUGUGGGAUGAGAGGACAUCUAGGGCCUGCAUGUAACGCUGUUGGACACGUGGACAGACAGGCAUGUACACUCAAUUCUCCAGCAGAUGGUCCCUUUCGUGAAGAUGCUCCAAGUUGGUGUCGUGCUCCUUUUGAACCUGAAGGCCUGUUGAGUUCUAUAUCUGCAAUCCUCUCUGGCACUAUCGGAAUCCACUAUGGGCACGUCUUGAUUCACUUCAAGGGUCAUUCGGAGAGGCUAAAACAAUGGGUUUCAAUGGGGUUUGUGUUACUCAUAAUAGCCAUCAUUCUUCACUUCACAGAUGCUAUCCCCAUUAACAAGCAACUGUACAGCUUCAGCUAUGUUUGUUUCACAGCUGGGGUAGCUGGUGUUGUUUUCUCAGGGUUCUACAUACUGAUAGAUGUUCAGGGGCUACGCACUCCAUUUUUGUUCUUGGAAUGGAUAGGAAUGAAUGCUAUGCUAGUAUUUGUGAUGGCAGCCCAGGGCAUCUUCGCAGCAUUUGUAAAUGGAUGGUAUUAUGAAGAUCCACAUAACUCCCUAGUACACUGGAUCCAGAAGCAUGUGUUUGUCAAUGUUUGGCACUCAGAGAGGGUGGGAACCAUCUUGUAUGUCAUUUUUGCAGAAAUCCCAUUCUGGAGUGUGGUUGCUGGCGUAUUACACAAAUUAGGAAUAUAUUGGAAACUAUGA